AGAGAGACAGAGAGUGUGUGAGAGAGAGAGGUUUGUUGUAUUGUUGUUGUUAUAUGUUGUUGUUGUCUAAGUGUGGAAGAGGAAGCAAUUCUUCCUAUUUGGAAUGGAUUUUCCUGGGAGGGUCGGGAGGAAGAGCCGCCUGAGGAAGAACUAAACCACUCACUCCAGUCACGUUUGAGAGGUAGUCUAUCGCUCUCUUGUUCCCUCUAUCCCUCUCUUUCUCUCUCUCUGUGUUCCCUCGUUUCCUCCCCCCCCCUGCUCUGGAUGAAGCUGAAGCUGGAGGCAGCAGAGGCGGUGGCAUGAGGCUCUACAUGGACGCUGAGAGGGCGGGAAGAGACUAGGCAGGGAUGGCUUACACACAGUUGGAACCCAUCAAUGAGGGUGUCCUGUCUAGGCUGACUGACCUACUGCUGUGCCGCUGGUCGUGCCGGUCAUGUUGGCUGUGGUGCUGGGAGUGUAGCUGCUGCCAGCCCACUGAUGAGGAAGUGGAGAUCCUUGGACCCUUCCCUGCACAGACACCCUCCUGGCUUGUCAAUUACGACGAUAAAGAUGGGGACAAUGACAGCAUCAUCCAGCGUUCCCCUGCCGGCUCCAUCCACAAUAAUGGCGGCAGCAGCAGCCCCGGUCGAAGACGAUCUAGUGCAGAGAUCACCCGCUCCACUUUCAGUCUGGCCCGGCAGCUCUCCAGUUUGGAUGCUCGUAGGCCCAGCUCUCCCCUACUGGACGUAAAGCCCAUUGAAUUCUGGGCCAUGGGUCCGAGGAAGGAGUCGGUGCAGCCUCUACGAAAGCCUCCGUCAGACGACUACUUUGAAACGCUUGAUACCCGGCUGUACUCCUCAGACUCAUGUGGUGGCGAUGACGUGGACUCGCUGACGGACGACGAGAUCCUCCUGCGCUACCAGCUGGGCAUGCUUCACUUCAGCACGCAGUAUGACCUCAUCAACGGUCACCUCAGUGUGCGGGUCAUCGAGGCUCGCGACCUCCCCCCGCCAGUCACGUGCGACGGGGCGCGACAGGACAUGGCGCACUCCAACCCCUACGUGAAGAUGAGCCUGCUGCCUGACCACAAGAACUCUCGGCAGACGGGCGUCAAGCGCAAGACGCAGAACCCCGUGUUCGAGGAGCGCUUCACCUUCGAAUUGCCCUUUCUGGAGGCACAGAGACGCACCCUGCUGCUGUCCGUCGUCGACUUCGACAAGUUCUCGCGCCACUGCGUCAUUGGGAAGCUGGCUCUGCCGCUGAGCGAGGUGGACCUGGUGAAGGGGGGGCACUGGUGGAAGGCGCUGGUGCCCAGUUCACAGAAUGAAGUUGAGCUGGGCGAGUUGUUGCUGUCUCUGAACUAUUUGCCCAGUGCUGGCCGCCUCAACGUUGACAUCAUUCGUGCCAAGCAGCUACUUCAGACAGACAUGUGCCAAGGCUCAGAUCCCUUUGUGAAGGUACAGCUGGUCACUGGGUUGAAGCUGGUGAAGACCAAGAAGAGCUCGUGUAUGAGGGGCACCAUUGACCCCUUCUACAAUGAGACCUUUAGCUUCCGUGUCCUACAAGAGGACUUGAAUGAGGUCAGCCUAGUGUUCACAGUUUAUGGCCACAACAUGAGCAGCAGCAAUGACUUUGUGGGCCGCAUCGUGAUCGGGCAGUUCUCCACCGGCCCUCCCGAGAGCGCACACUGGCGGCGGCUGCUAGAGACCAAGCGAACCUCCGUGGAGCAGUGGCACAGCCUCCGCUCACGGGCCGAGUGCGACCGCGUAUCCCCCGCCUCCCUCGAGGUCACAUGAUGCCGGCUGGGUCUCAGGAUUGGUGGUGGAGGUGUGAAGGUGCAAAGUAAUGUCAUAGAUCUUAAAUGCUUAAAUGCUAAACGUGUACGUUUGGAGGAUACUGAUGUUUACAUCCAGCAACCCAGUAGGGCGAAUGCAAGAGGUGCCCAGUUUGUGAAGAGAUAGAUGUUUUAAAAAAUUAUUAUUAUUUGUCUCUUUAAAAUUCUUGAAUCUCUGCAUCUCACCUUAAUGAGCUGCUCUUGCAGGCUUCCUUGUCCUCAAGCAAUACAAUUGGGCAAAAUCUGUUGGUAAAAUAUUGUUAAAGGCCUUUGAAUAUUUCCUUUCUGAUGCUGAUACAGUCAGAUGCUGCCUGUUCACAUUUUCUUUUUAUCACAUUGAUACAAACAUACAUGCAUAUACAUUUCACACAUAACUGCUGAUAGUCGUUUUUAUUUUUUUAAAGGUAGAUUAAGGACAGCAAUGCAAAUGUGGUUUUGUAUUUUAUUCAUACUGGUAUUCCUUCUCAUUGGAUUCACACCAAAGCUUAUCUGUUUUGUCUGGACCUGAAGUGUUACCUUCUUUUAUUUUCCUCUGUAUACAGCCCUGAGCUGAACUUUGUGUUAAAAUGUAUGUGUGUGUACUUUAUGUGUGUGUGUAUAUGUGUGUGUGUGUGUAUUCUGCCGUGAAAGGUUAGCACUUUGGAAUGGUUUGAACACCAUAUACAACAUGUAUUUAGUGAAAAGAAAAGAUUGAAACCCUUGGAAUUAGUUCACCUUUUAAAUCAUGUACUGGACACGUGCACCACACUCACAUGGUGUUUGAAACUGGCUACUUGCUAGAAAAGGUACUGAAAAGCAAUCACUCCCCCUGUGGGCCUGUUUCACUCAAGUUGUUGUCAGUCCUGAGGACCAGUUCAUGACACAGAGGAGUCUGCUUGUGUUUCGUCAAAGCUGCUGUUUCUCGUUCGGCGUUUCCCUUUACUGGACACUUGUGUACGUCUACAGGGGAAAGAGUCUGUUGUGUUUUUAUGGGAGCGCUGCUUCCGUGUCAGUGUCCAUUAGUGUGUUUAGAAGCAUCAGGAUCUGUGUUUACUUAUAAGGCUUUUUCCCAUGUGACCUGUGUGUGCCUAGUGGUGAAUCGUCUCUGAUGUAGAAUCAAUUAUACGAUUCUACCAAACUUCAAUAUUAGUUUAGAUGACUAAACAGUGACUAAAUAUAUAAAUAACACAGUAAGAGAAGAAAAAUGAAAACUAAACUGUGCCAGUGAAGAUAUUUAUUUAUUUAUUUAGAUAGUACAUAUAAAUAUAUAUAUACUUAUAGAAUACUUGCUUAAGUACUUACUACUUACCUCUACAAAUAUAUAAAGAAUAUAUAUAUAUAUGACUUUUAUUGUGUGCAAUGGAUAUAAAUUGAACAAAUGAGUGUUGUUUCAGUUAGAUCUUGUAAAGAAAUGUACUUAUGGAAAACAUAAAUGACAAAAGAUUGGAGAGAAGCUGAUUGAACUUCCUCAUUGACUAUCUAUGGGAUAUCCACAACAGCAAGUGGACCAUGGCAGUGCAGCGUUGAAACACUGUAAAACCAAAACUCAAUGGGAGAUCAUUCCGUCUGGAAUUCUCUGGAAGAAUAUGUUCUGUUGUCUCGCUGUUCAAGAAAUGCUGCUGUGCUCUUGAACAUAGUUUUACAUGUACACAGUUAAUUUAUCAGCCCCUUGGGUCGAGCUAGGAUUUACCCACACUCUUGCAUAUAUUAGAGUAUAUUACCUAUAAUCUUGCAACUCCCAUCACUCUUGUCUUCAGAAUUAGCAGUAUCCCUUUAAACCCGCUAUACUAAUAGUGUAAUCCUUUAACUCCACCAAACCUCUGCUCCAGGAGAGCAUAUGGAUUUAUUAUUUUUAUGUACUUUUUGGCCAUGUCAGGUGUAUUGAAGUGGUCCUUGUCGAUGUGCUUACAUUUUUGUCUCUGUGUGUAUGUUUAUGUGUCCAUGAAUGCACACCGUGUGGAUAUGUGUAAACUGGUUUUUAAUGUAUAAAUUAAGAUUAUGGUGGUUGUCCUGAUUUGAUUUAAUUCCGAGCAAUCUUUAUUAAAAGAUGUAUUAACAGAUUCAAGAGUAUCAUUCAUUCUAUAAAAAGAUGAUAUUGUAAGGAUAUUGUAUCAUUACCCUUUUACUAUAAAAUCAACAUUGUGUAA